GUGGUCUGCUUCUCAUUCAGAUACACCCCUCCAUCUGUUCCCUGUGCAGAGGGCUGUUUUUAAUGCAAAGCGUCUAUUUCAACACAAGCCCCUAUAUCUUUUUUAAACACCUUCUCUGUUCAGCGUGGAUGCCUCUUUCCCUUACAGACAGCUUCAUUUUACCUCCACAUUCCAAGGGAUAGUCGCUUAAAUACCUGUGUACAGUGGCUUACAAUGGACAGCGUCGAGAAGAAAAAUUGAUAAUCUUCACGGAAGAGUAAUUUGAAUGAAAUUACAGUUGACAAGCAAUCUCCUAGCAAAGUAGGGAGUGUGAGAGUCUCUGAGCUAAGCUCUGAGGAGUUUACUGAGCCACUGCUGUGGAAGCUUUCAGGGGAAAAAUAACAGGGUUUAAAAUACCAUACUGUGGGCUCUAUUGAAUUUUGUGUAGCAGCUUCACUUCAAGGUAAAAAGAAACACAAUGGAAGAAAAUAUGGAAGAAGGGCAGACACAAAAAGGGUGUUUUGAAUGCUGCAUUAAAUGCUUGGGUGGCAUUCCAUAUGCAUCUCUGAUUGCCACUAUUCUGCUUUAUGCUGGAGUGGCUCUGUUCUGUGGCUGUGGGCAUGAAGCCCUCUCAGGAACAGUCACCAUACUGCAGAACUACUUUGAGGUGGUAAGAUCUCCUGUGGACACCUUAGAUGUCUUCACUAUGAUUGAUAUCUUCAAGUAUGUCAUCUAUGGUGUUGCGGCAGCUUUCUUUGUUUAUGGGAUUCUGCUGAUGGUGGAGGGUUUCUUCACAACAGGUGCCAUUAAAGAUCUCUAUGGAGACUUCAAAAUCACCACAUGUGGCAGAUGUGUUAGCGCCUGGUUCAUCAUGCUGACAUACAUCUUCAUGCUAGCCUGGCUUGGAGUCACUGCUUUCACAUCACUGCCAGUCUUUAUGUAUUUCAACAUCUGGACAAUCUGCCAGAAUACUACGAUUGCUGAAGGCGCCAACCUGUGUCUGGAUCUCCGUCAGUUUGGAAUUGUGACUAUAGGAGAGGAGAAGAAGGUUUGCACAGGAUCUGAAAAUUUCUAUAAGAUGUGUGAAUCAAAUGAGCUGGACCUGACAUUCCACUUGUUUAUUGUAGCUCUGGCGGGUGCUGGAGCAGCAGUCAUCGCUAUGGUGCAUUACCUAAUGGUUCUGUCUGCCAAUUGGGCAUAUGUGAAAGAUGCAUGCAGAAUGCAAAAAUAUGAGGAUAUCAAAUCCAAGGAGGAGCAGGAGCUUCAUGACAUCCACUCGACCCGCUCGAAAGAGCGGCUCAAUGCAUACACAUAAAACACACACUGGCUCUUCACUUUCUGCUUUGUUUCCGUUCAGGGGUUGGGCUCGGUUACCUUUCCUAAGCUUACGGGUUUGUCGCUUGAAGGUAGUCAGGGACCACACACUGCGCCCUAACUGCGUUUUCUGCUGACAUUCCUUUACCUCUUUCUGGGACUGAUUUUUUUUUUUCAUUUUUAUUAUUGCUUUCAGAUCCAGUUCACCUUAGUCUUUAAUUCAGUGACCUGCUAUCCUGAUUGCUUUGAUUUGCUUUUGCCAUUUAACCCUUAAUGUCAUUUAGAAUUCCUGCCAGUAUUUAUUUAUGUCCAUUUUGGAGUGGGAGGGUAGGGCGGAAGGGUUUCUAUUAUUUUUUUUGUUUUCCACCUUCUACAAAUUUGUAAGUUUUUAAUGAUACUCAUUUUACAGGGCUCUGGUCACAAAUGGGUUGUCACUUUUUUAACGACUGAACCAAACUUUUACCAGGUUUUGUAUAAUUUGCAGUUGAAUUACAUAAGCUUCCAAGUGUUUAAUACCAACAGUAUAAAGACUAUGUACAGAUUCUUUUCCAGUAAAUUCUGUAUUGGUUGGGAGUGUUAGUGAUAAAAAAGUAUAUCUUAAUUUAACAGUAUGUCAUACUGUAGGUUGGUUGAAUUGUAAGAAACACUGGCUUUUCAUUUACUGGCUUUGCCAACCCCUUUUGAAAACAUAACAUCAAUGUCAAAUUAAAUAUUUCUGUAAUUUUAAAGGGACUGGUCAUCUAAGUGAAAAUUUGUCACAAAGAUGAUACUGAUUAAGUACUACGUUAAUAGUGAGAACAGCAGAAGUUUGGAUCAUUUUUGAUUGAUCAACCUUUUUAGGAAUUGCCUUGGGCAGACUCUGUACAUUCUUGCAUCUUUGUUCAUUGCAAGCCAUAUUUUCACAUGCAAAUAACCUUUUUAUGAUCUUUUUGUUUUAAGCAAGUGUUUUUAAAUGCAGUUAGCCAGAUAAAGCAGUUCAUAUAAUUUUUUUUUCUUUCUUCAGUAUUCUGCACUGUAUAUAUAAAUGUAUAGGUUAAACACUUCCAUUUCAGGUCAUUCAAAUAGGAGUUUAAGAAAACACAUCUCAGUGGUUUUAGGUUUGGGUGAUAUUUCUAAGAAAGCCAUUGCUAGUUAAAAUGUAUCAGUUUUGAAGUUUGACUAUAUGCAGGUGAGAAACAGGUGAAUUACAUACUGUAGUUACACCUGUGGUGUUGGAACUACAGAGUGAAAAAGUGAAUAUCACAUUUUGCAAGGUAUUGACAGCUAUCUGUUAAACAAUUUACUAGAAGACAUUAAAUGUCACUAAUAAAAUGUAAUCCUUAACUAUGGACCAAACUUGAUGUUUUGGAUCUGUCUUGCCUACAUAUACUGCUAUAGGUUUGCAGUACAGUGUUUCAUAAUUUUGUAGCCUGACAAUACUUGUUUUGUCAGUGUUUCAAAAGCUAGUUUUGUGCACUUAUUGAACCAUUGUGAGCUCUUUCUUGGUGUAAGUGCAUUUCUAUUAAAACCAGAGUUAAAUCUCUGUACUGUUACUAGUCAUGCGACAUUGGUUUCUAACAAAUAUUGUAUUAGGUAAAGACCGUGAAUAUAGUUGUUAUUUGUGGCAUGGUUAUGCAUUAAAUGGUAAUAGUUUUACUAAUUCAAAAGUAUAUUUCUUUUUUUACACUUAGACUGUCUUGCUGGGUCAACUGUUUUAUGAUAUGUGCAGUAUUACAGUUCCUACGCUAACAGCAUUAUGCUAAAUCUCUUUCUGAUAUUAGGUUGUAGUGUUUGAUUUGUGUCUUUAUAUAGUUUGUGAUGAUUUCUGAACCAUGUCUUAAAUUGAUACUUGUAAUGAUGUUAUGUAUUCCGUAUUAACCUGAUGAUGCUUUGGGCUUUCUCCUUGUAUUAGUCUUUUGUACUUUCACAAAGAAUGCUUUGUAGCAGGCUGUAAAAUUAAUCUGUUUUGUACAUAAAUGUGCCAACAGCUUGACGGUGGCUUUUUUGAAUUGUAGGAACAAAUUGCUUGCAUAAAUAAAAUGCACUUGUGUACUUGUUAUUAAUUAA